AAUCUGCUAAACUCUCUCUUCCUUAAUCGUCACACGCCAGCUUCCUGUUUGUUAUUCUCUCUUUCAUUGUUGACUUCUGAACUAUAUAUCAAACCCCACAGUUUCCCUACUGAUCCCUUUUCAGUUUCUUCAUCGAAGAAGAAGAGAUUUAACACUUAUGGGACGACAGGAAACAAGAAAAUCACUGACUGAUGAAUAUGAAAUCUCAGACAUAUUGGGAAGGGGAGGAUUCUCAGUUGUGAGGAAAGGUACACAUAAGUCCAGCAUUGGAGCAAACAAGCAUGUAGCCAUCAAGACACUGAGAAGAUUCAGCCCUUUUACGCAGCCGAGGAAUCCCAAAAGCACGGUCCCCGCUACCAAACAGGCCCUGAUAUCAGAUGCAUUGCUGACGAACGAACUCUUGGUGAUGAGGAGGAUAGUAGAAGACGUGUCGCCUCAUCCGAACGUUAUCCAUCUCUACGAUGUUUGUGAGGACAACGGUGGGGUUCAUCUUGUUCUUGAGCUUUGCUCAGGUGGUGAGCUUUUUGACAGAAUCGUGGCUCAGGAAAGGUACAACGAAGCUGGAGCUGCAGCUGUGGUUAGGCAGAUUGCGGGAGGGCUAGCAGCGCUGCAUCGGGCUGGUGUCGUCCACAGGGACUUGAAGCCCGAGAACUGCCUGUUCUUGAGCAAAGAUGAGGAUUCUACGUUGAAGAUCAUGGAUUUUGGACUGAGUUCUGUGGAGGAUUUCACUGAUCCGGUUGUGGGACUGUUUGGCUCCAUUGAUUAUGUUGCACCAGAGGCGCUGUCCCGUGAUAAGAUUAGUCCAAAGAGCGAUAUCUGGUCACUUGGCGUCAUUCUGUAUAUUCUCCUUUCAGGGUAUCCUCCUUUCAUUGCACAAUCGAACAGGCAGAAGCAGCAAAUGAUACUAAAUGGGCAAUUCAGCUUCUAUGAGAAAACAUGGAAGAACAUUUCGUCCUCAGUAAAAGAACUGAUUACUAUCCUUCUGAAAGUCGAUCCGGACUUGAGACCGAGUGCUGAAGAGAUUCUUCGGCAUCCUUGGGUGACUGGAGAACUGGCAAAGCAAGAGCAGAUGGAUGCUGAGAUCGUCUCCCGGUUGCAGAGUUUCAACGCAAGGCGCAAGUUCCGUGCGGCUGCAAUGGCCAGUAUGCUAAGCAGCAGCUUUUCCUUGAGAACAAAGAAGCUCAAGAAUUUGGUGGGCUCUUAUGAUCUUAAGCCUGAGGAACUCGAAAAACUCAGUGUAAAUUUCAAGAAAGUAUGUAAAAGUGAGAACGCAACGUUGCCUGAAUUUGAAGAAGUUCUGAAAGGAAUGGAGAUGUUGUCGCUCGUCCCUCUAGCUCCUCGCAUCUUUGAUCUGUUUGAUAACAACAGGGAUGGGACAGUUGACAUGAGAGAAAUCAUCGGGGGCUUCUCCAGUCUCAAAUAUUCACAAGGGGACGAUGCACUACGACUUUGCUUUCAGAUGUACGAUACAGACCGGUCCGGCUGCAUCAGCAAGGAAGAACUGGCAUCCCUGCUAAGGGCAUUGCCUGAUGACUACAUACAGAUCGAUAUCACAGAGCCUGGUAAACUAGAUGAGAUAUUUGACCUAAUGGACGCCAACAGCGACGGAAAAGUUACAUUUGAAGAGUUUAAGGCCGCCAUGCAAAGGGACAGCUCUCUUCAAGAUGUAGUCCUCUCCUCUCUACGCCCGAAUCAAUCUUAAAUCAGGAUGAGUCACUAGAGUUUCUUGAUAAGAACUGUUCUUUUAUGCUAUUCACAACAUAUAAUUUGCUAGCGUUCACAGUUUCACCAAAAGCUAUUUUAGUAUCACACGGCUACGGUGUCAUUCGUGUGAAUGCCAACUACUAAUACACAAUGCAAGCCUCAAUCUUGAGUGUUACAGUUUAUAACUUUUGAAUA